CAGUACGGCUCACAUCAUUUUUCUUGAGAAAAGCUUGUUUGACGGGACUACAAGCAAGUAAAAGCAACCAAAUCCUGUUGGAACUUGACUUUCUUUAUCUGGAACUUUAAAGUCUUCUUCGCAAGGGCGUGUGCUGGAGCGACGUCCCCAGGGCCCCCGCUUCUCCGGGGAGAUAAUAAAAGGACGGCUGACUGCCACUGGGAUGUGGGUUCGCAUUAAACAAGGUUCACCUCAGCUCGAUAAACCAAGACCAUGACAUCGUCACUAUGGAUAACGGAGUUUAUAAAUACAAAUCAGCAAGCCACUUUAACUUUAUUUUCUAAAUCCGCAGUCUGAAAGGGGAGGAAGUGGGACUCCGGCUGUAGGAGAGUUAAUUUGUGCCGGAGGGCGGGGGCGGCCGUCAGAACCGCAUUGGGCCCGGAUCGGGGAGGUGUUUCCCCGGCCCGCUAGCGGAGAUCGUGUCAAUUUCAGGAGCCGUCAUGGCGCUCACGGUUGUAUCCCGAGACCACCCCUUCAGCCACCUCAUUGAGACGCUGAAGACUGAGAAACAUCCAGGGCGCAAAUACUUCAGUCUACAGAAACUUGAGGAUCCAAGAUACAAUGAGCUGCCCCUGUCUAUCCGCAUCCUGCUCGAGGCGUCUAUCCGGAGGUGCGAUGGCUUCUACGUGCAGAGGGAGGACGUGGAGGCCAUCUUGGAUUGGCGUCAGCAGCAGGGCUCGGCUGAGGUGCCGUUCAUACCGGCCCGGGUUCUGCUUCAGGAUUUCACGGGAAUUCCCGCCAUGGUGGACCUGGCUGCCAUGAGGGAUGCUGUGGCCAGCCUGAAGGGCGACCCCAGUCUGGUGAACCCCGCCUGUCCCACCGACCUCAUUGUGGAUCAGGCAUUACAGAUUGAUUUCAGCAAAUGUGCCAUUCAGAAUGCCCCGAAUCCGGGUGGGGGGGAAGGUCAAGCUGCCCCCAUCAAAUCCUCUCCUGCCAAAGCUCAACCUCAUGGGGGGUCUGGGUGCAGGGACCAAAGAACCUGCAGCAAAGGGUCCUGCAGCGACGCUCCCACUACCUCAGGGAGGGUCCCCUCUGUCCAGAUAGAGAACACCCCCCUCUUGUGCCCUUUUCACCUCCAGCCUGUAUCUGAGCCCGAGACUGCUCUCAGGAACCAGGAGAAGGAACUGAGCAGAAACAAAGAGAGGUUCCAGUUCUUCAAGUGGUGUUCCAAAGCUUUCAAGAAUGUGAAGGUGGUCCCUCCCGACAUCGGCGCCAUACACCAGGUGAACGUGGAGUACCUGUGCCAGGCGGUACAGGCCCAGGAGGAGUAUGUCUACCCAGACAGCGUGGUGGGCACGGACUCCCACACCACCAUGGUCAACGGCCUGGGUGUUCUGGGCUGGGGCGUCGGGGGUAUUGAGUCGGAGGCCGUCAUGCUGGGCCAGCCCAUCACCCUCACGUUGCCUAAGGUGGUGGGCUGCAAGCUGGUCGGCUCCAUCAACAACCUAGCCACGUCCAUAGACGUCGUCCUCGGGAUCACUAAGCACCUCCGUCAGGCUGGGAUCGGCGGUAAGUUUGUGGAGUUCUUUGGGCCCGGCGUGUCCCAACUCUCUGUUCCGGACAGGACCACCAUCGCCAACAUGUGUCCAGAGUACAACGCGACAGUCAGCUUCUUCCCCAUCGACGACGUCACACUGAAGCACUUUAGGCAAACCAACUUCAGUGAGGAGAAACUUGAACUGGUGGAAGCUUACCUGAAGGCUGUGAAACUCUUCAGAAACUACCAGGACCCAUCUGAAGACCCCGUCUAUUCAGAGGUUAUAGAGGUUAACCUCAGCACCAUCGUGCCCCACGUUAGUGGGCCCAAGAGGCCGCAGGACCGGGUGGAGGUGAGCACCAUGAAGAAGGACUUUGCCAGCUGUCUAAACGAGAAGGUUGGCUUUAAGGGCUUCCACAUUCCAGUGGAGAAGCAGUCGGCCCUAGUUCCCCUCCUGCACGAGGGCCAGGAGUUCAGCCUAGCUCAUGGCUCGGUCGUCAUCGCUGCCAUCAUCAGCUGCACCAACAACUGCAACCCGUCCGUCAUGCUCACCGCAGGCUUACUGGCCAAGAAGGCUGUGGCAGCCGGGCUUAGGGUCCGGCCCUACAUCCAGACCAGCCUGGCUCCCGGGAGCGGCAUGGUCACCCACUACCUCAACACGAGCGGGGUGCUGCCUUACCUCAGCCAGCUUGGGUUUGAGGUGGUCGGUUAUGGAUGUGCCACGUGCCUGGGAAACACUGCACCCCUUCCGUCAGCUGUAGUCGAUGCCAUUAGAAAGGGUGACCUGAUAGCCUGCGGAGUGCUGUCUGGAAACAGGCACUUUGAAGGACGCCUAUGUGACUGCGUACGUGCCAACUACCUGGCCUCUCCACCCUUGGUGGUAGCCUACGCCAUCGCUGGCACAGUUAGCAUCGACUUUGAGACUGAACCCCUGGGUGUAACUGUGGAGGGCAAAGAGGUGUUUCUUCGGGAUGUGUGGCCCAGCAGGGAGGAGGUCCAGCACACAGAGGAGAACAUGGUCAUCUCUUCCAUGUUCCGAGACCUCGGGGAAAAAAUGGAGAAGGAAAAUAAGAUGUGGAAGAACCUGGAUGCUCCCGAAUCCACACUCUUCCCCUGGGAUGUCAAGUCCACGUACAUCAGAUGUCCACCCUUCUUCCACAAACUUACGAACAAGCCGUGCCCCCCACAGCCCAUAGAAAGUGCCCACGCCUUGCUUUUUCUUGGAGACAUGGUGACAACCGAUCACAUUUCGCCAGCUGGUAGUAUUUCCCGCACCAGUGCCGCAGCCAAGUACCUUACGAGUAAGCGCCUUACCCCCCGUGAGUUUAACUCAUAUGGAGCCCGACGGGGCAAUGAUGCAGUGAUGACCAGGGGUACAUUCGCCAGCAUCAAGCUACAAAAUAGGUUCAUCGGCAAAGCAGCCCCCAAAACCCUGCACAUCCCUUCUGGACAGAUGAUGGAUGUUUUCGAGGCGGCUGAGAGGUACCAGAGGGAUAGCAUUCCCCUCAUAAUCCUGGCUGGGAAGAAGUAUGGCUCUGGGAACUCGCGUGACUGGGCUGCCAAGGGACCCUACUUACUCGGUGUGAGGGCUGUAAUUGCAGAGAGCUUCGAAAAGCUGCACAAGAACCAUCUGGUUGCCAUGGGGAUUGCCCCUCUGCAGUUCCUUCCGGGCCAGAGCGCAGACUCCCUGGGACUCAACGGCAAAGAAACGUUCUCCUUUUCCAUUCCGGCAGACCCAUCUCCUGGUCAGGAGCUCACCGUCCACACCAGCACUGGAAAGAGCUUCCAAGUGAUGACGCUGUUAGAGAGCAAGGUGGAUGUGAUCUUCUACCAGCACGGCGGGAUCCUCAAGCUUGUGUCCCGGAGUAUGAUUCCUUCCCAACCAUGAUGCAGCACGUCUUGUCGCCCCACCCCCCAACUCCUCUUGCUCCCUGGGCUCACCUGAGCCCACUACACCAACCAGCAAACCCUUUGCGAUGAACACCCUGUCCCAUCCCUCACCUCCCUUGGUGAUGAAGACCGGGGGACGCCUCGAUACCCGGCUGCAGUACCGAUGCCUUCCUGGAGUGGCUGGCUAAGGCCGGCUUUGCGAGCACAGCAUAAACUCAUUUCUUGCACUUGAAAACAUCCAGUAAGGUUUUAUAGGGCCGUGAGAAGCCUGAAAUUAGUUAAUCCACCCCCCGCCUUCUCCUUUCCGCCCUGUCCCUGUAUUGUACCUCUUAAUUGUUGAUUAACGUUGCAUGUGAGAUUUGCUGCCCUCUGCUGGUCAUGCUGCUCCAUCACCAUGCGGUUCUCCUCAAUCUGUCAGGCCGCAUCGGUACAGCUGCCUGCACUUAUGUGGUUUUUCCAAGGUCCAGCCUGCAGCAGUCCAGCGCUCAUUAAUUACGCUAUUAACCUUCAGACCAGAGGCUAAUGUUUUCCGCAAUUCCAGAUCACAUGACUAUAGCUGCCGACUGCUAAUGUUCGUUUGCUCAGAAUUGCGGUUUAUAUUCCCUGCUGUGUGUCACAGUCCAUGCAAAUGUCACUUUGAAGGUUUAAGGAGCUAUACAAUUAUUCAUAAUUGUGAUUCUGCAGGAGGACUAAAGCUGUAUAUGGGUGAUACUUGUGUUAAUCAGUUUAUUUGCGGAUGCUCUUGUUAGUGGUCUGUAGUGAACAGUCUCUGUGAGUCCUGGAGUAUGCUCUUUGGAAGUAUGGUUGGUUUGCUUAAUCUUCUGUGACUGCUAAGCCGUUACCUCAGAGUUUGGGGGCAGCCCUCCUCCCUUUUUAAUUUCACUUUUACACUCACCCCCCCACACUGUUGAACUGUCAAGUCAAAUCACUGCAUGAAGGUUUUGUCAUUACAUUUUUUUUUUUUUCCCUCCCUCCUGAGCUUCUCAUUUUUUUCAACGAUCAACGGGCCAUUUUAACAGGUUUAGUGUUUCUGAGCACAACCCACAAACCAGUGUUGACUCUUUGUGGACAUCAAAAGAUCACAGAGAUGUUUCCAUGUAAUCCCAUCCUCCACCAGCAGAUUUUUACCUAAUCACUUUAGCGUCCCCCCCUGGCACCGCCUGGCCUGUGACACGGUCUGCGUGAAGCCUGGAUCUGCAGUCGAAGCUCACUAGAGGACUUCAAGGCUAAGGUGUGCAUGUGUGAUGUGGUUCUUCGUUCUGGACUUUGCCUCCAUGGCUUUUGGGGCAAGUCCUCACCAAUUUGCAUUUUUGAAAAAAUCUUUGACAUUAUGCAACAAAGGCGUAUCACGGCAAGCCGACCUGAAGCAGAAUUGCGUUGUAAAAAAUGUAUCAAACCCUGUAGCAAUGGAAUUAUUGCUGAUAUUGUACAUAAUUUUUAGUAAAGAAUUAAACAAGUUGAGUUUGUGGUGUUUAAAAUAAACAAAAAAUUUAGAGAAGAAUAUCUGCAUUGGGAAGAUGCUGACCCACAUUAGCA